CACAGUUAAGUGCGUACUUUACCCUGCUUACCAUCCAUUAGACUACACCAUGAGAUCAGCAUUUUUUGCAUUGUACACAUUUCAUGUCAAUAGGCCUUAUAGUGAGCUUCUAUUUUUUUCUAUCUGGAGUAUGGGAUGCUAAUUUGGAAUAUGAAGAGUUUGUUUGGAUUGAUUGCGCUUUUGUGUGUGUGGCUGCCAGCCCAUGCAGCUGAGGAUCCUUGUGGAACGACCCGAGGUUGCUUUCGUUCACCUGAAGAUUGUUACCCUGCCUCUGCCUGCACUUUUUUUGUUGCUUGGAAUCGUAAUAGUGGUAACGAUUCCCUCAUUGAUUUUGAGUUGAGUAUAGCAGCAGUAUCUGGAGAUACGUAUGGUGCAGUCGGAUUUUCUGAGAACCCGAUGGUUGACACCUAAGAGUGUGAAUCUGUUAGCUACUAAUGAUGUUUCAGGUGGUGCUGAUCAACUUCCAACUACUAAGAAUACCAAUGCAGCUGAUGUAAGCUAA